GAAUAAAUCAACAAAUAUUGAUGCCAAAUACUUUUAUAAGUGACAUGGAUAUUGAAGUUUUUAGUUAAAAUAACAUUAAUAGAAUAAAAAUCUUAAAUCAAUAAUUAAUUGGUUGAAUAACAUAUUGAUCUUAUGAAGUUUUUAUUAGAUAAUCAUGUUUUUCUAUUGAUUAUUCAUUCCAAAUAUAGAGAAAUAAUGAAACGACAAAAAUUCGUAUUGUCAUUAUGUGAUGAACAUUUAAUAGAAAUUGAUUCAAAUUCAAAAUGUAUUAAAUCAAAUGAAUCCAUUGGAAAUCAUAAUCAUUCUAUUCUAUCACAACAAUUAACCUUAUUACAUCAUAAUCAAUUAUCGAAUUCAUUGAAUAAUGAUAAUAAUAGUUUACCAAUUAAAUUAUCCAAUAAUUUAGAUCUAAAUCAAUCCAAUGAAAAACACCACCAUCACCAUCAUCACCACUACCAACAACAACAACAACAACAACAACCAUCAUUACCAUUUACUGUAUGGUUCAUCAAAGUUGCAAAGAAGUUUCUUCAUUGGAAAAAUACUUUCAUUCAUAUUAAUCUAUUAAAACAAUCUAAUUAUUCACAUAUUAUAAAUGAUAACCCUAUUGAAGACUAUCAGAAUACAAUCAAUUUGAAUAGAAUUGAAAAUGAUAAUUUAAACAAAAUAACAAUUCAGAAAAGGCUAAAUGAUAAAGGAACUUUUGGAUUAAAUAUACAACAUAUUAAACAAAAAGCUAAUAGUUUAAAAGAACAAGGUAGAAAAGCUAAAGUCUGUCAUGGUUAUCCUAUUUGGACGGAUACUAAAAGUGUUAUACAACCAUUUUCAAACAGAAUAUCAUCAAAUUCCACUACUCAUCAUUUAUCACCGUAUAGACAAUGUGAUUCGCAGAGUGAUUUAUUUGAUCCAAUCUAUUCAGCAAUUCAAUAUCCUUUGAAAGAUACAUUACAAUCAACACAUUCAUCAUUAUGGGAUCAUUCAUCAAUGUCAGUUCAUCAACCAUAUGCGAAAGAUCGUCUUCUAGUUAGAAAUAUUUGGACAAGUCAGGAUUCAGUUGUCUCCGAUGCACAUGUCUAUUGUGAGUUAAUUGAAUUGAAAUCCAAUAAAACUCACUAUCCAACUAACAAGAAAUUGGAUUCUAGACCAUUUUAUAAAGAUUAUUCUUCUUGUAGUUUACGUUCAUAUGAAAAUCAAUGUUUUCAAGAUGUUAUCUCAGAUAAAUGUUCAAAUGAACAACCGCCGAAAUUACCACAUCGAAAUUAUGGAGAAAGUACUUUGAAUAUGGUUGCUAAUUUACGUUUAUGGGCAGCAAGAAAUAAACAAAAAUUUUUUAAAAAUUUACACAAAAUCAAUAAAUUACAUAAACAUGUUUAUUCUAUGUCAGAUAUGACAUGGAGAUUAAAUAAGAAACGAAAUAUUUAUGAUUUAUCUUUAUAUAAAACAAAAAAUUAUACAGAACAAUCAUCAUUAAGAACAUCAUAUCGGUAUCAUAAACACAAAAAUUUGUGGAGUAGAAAUUCUGUAGAAAAACCUAAAGAUUACGAUGAAUUAACUAACCGAAAUACAAGAUCAACUUUUUCUGAAACUGAUAUCGUUUCACUGGAGAAUCUUAAUUCACUUAAUAUUUGGGGUUCACAACAACGGAAGGAUCCGAUAAUUUCAGCAAAUAUACAAUUAACAAAACAGUCGACCAACUUCAAUGAUAGAUGCAGUAAUCUUAGACAUAUCGAUAGUGAAUUUGAUAUUACAGAAUUAUCCCCCAUUUAUAGAAGAAACAAAUCUCCAAGAAGUAAACAAUUAAAAAUGAAUCAUUCAUUAUAUCCAUAUUUGACAUCAACAUCAUUCACACCAUUAUAUCAUAUUUACAUUCCAAAUCAACGUAGACAGUCUGAAGAGAAUUUCCAUUCAUAUACAAGUGAUGUUCGUUUGCAAUGUAAUAAAGUGAAUGAUCAAAAUAAUACAAUUCAUUCUUAUCUAUCUAAUCUAAUGUUAUCUGAAGAAAUUCCCUGUUGCACUUCUUCUCCUCCUCCUACUUCUUAUUUAUGUAUGCCACCAUUAAUGGAACGUUCUAUGGAAGAUGAUGAAUAUCAUUUAUGCAAAUGAUUUUGUAAAUGAUUAUAAACAAUUCAUUCCUUAUAUGCACCGUUCAUAAAUCAACAAGAUGUUCACCUAAGAAGAAUUAAAGGUUCCCGGCUGAUGUAUUUCAUUGCUGUAAUACAUGUCAUGAAUAUACUACCUAAAUAGUUUUUAAGCUAGAAAACUUGAAACAUUCUUACAUUACGAUCUAUAUCAAUCUAAUAAUGUCUGUCAACCAACUGAUUGGCACAACUUCUGUAACUAUUGUCUUUAAAGUAUAUCAAUAUUAUUAUUGAAUAGUUUCUUUUAAGAAGCAAAUAUAUUGAUU